AUGUACGCCGACACGAUAGCGGGUCGUCGUCCCGGUCCGCCUUCCAGCGCCUCGACCAGCUCCCACCCCGGCAGCGGCAGCGUCAUGGGCCAUGACGCAGCAUCGCGCAGCACCACCAACCCUGCCACCUCGACGAGUGCCGGCAAUUCGGCCCAGCUCCUGUCGCAUCCAACCCGACCCAACGCCCUCGACAUCGAUGACGGCAGCAGCGUAGGCUCCAACGACGCACUGCAUCACCGCGUCCAGCUCAAGAGCGCACUGUCGUCGCCACGCUCGUCGGUGUCGGGGUCUGGGCCUGCCCGCCGGGGAGCCUGGAGGGCCAUGGGAGGUGGCAAAAGCAGCCGAAGCUAUGCCGCCACGCCCAAGUCGAGCUCCGACCUCUCACCGAGCUCGUCCAGCCAGGGCCAGCAGGGUACCCGCGAAGCCUCGCCAGAGGCCGACGACGCGUUCGCGAUGGGCAUCGAGGCUCUCGGCGCCGACUUCGAUCUUGACGAAGACGGGGACAUCGACGAAGACGAUGGCGGCGAUGACCGUACCACUGCGAUCGGCACAGCCACGAGACCCGACCGAGGCCAGCCUUCGGCGCAGCCCGCUUGGGACAAGCUGCGGCAGCACGGGCUUCCCCCGCCGGGCGGGAUUGCGUACCUUCCGGCGCUCAGCAUGCCCGCGGCGGCCGCCGAGGAGGAGACGGCAUCCGCCAGCACCGAGUCGAAGAGCAUCUCGACCCCCUCGAGCUCGGCCGAGGCGGUCCCAACAGCCCGUCUUGGCGUCGGCGAGCUCCCGACCCAGCCCGCGGGCGCCUAUGACUGGGCCAACUUCGUCUACGCCUAUGCUCGCGGUCGAUGGAACCCUGGCGCGACGCCGCAGCCUCCCGAUCAGUCGACCAUCUACACCGGCGCCUCUGUCAAGAUUGUCGACCCCGGCCAGCCGCAGAACGGCAAGGUUCCUGAUCGCUCGACUUCUACCCUGCGAGGACCGCAGCCGCGGCGACCGUCGCUCGAGUACGUGAUGCCGCUCAGCUCGGAAAACGUCGAGGCCGUGUCUGGCGGCCUCCUGCCUGCGCUAGAGCCCCGCAGCCUGCCCAACGACCAGCAGCAGUGGUCCGACGGCGGAGUGCAGGGCGGCACCAAGAUGUCGCCGGGACCUUCGGAAAAGUCGAUCGAAAGCCUGCCAGAGAGGAUGACGAUGCCGUCGCUGCGCAGCAUGUCGUCGACAGAUUUUGCACGGCAGCAGCACGCGCAGCUGAUCGCCGCGAUGCGGAAUCCGUCGAACAGCACCUCGGCCGUCGCGCAAGUGCCGGCAGCGCACAUGCCACCCGACGCUUCCGGCGACCAUGCCCCGGUCCGCGCCCAGACCGCGCCUCAAGGAGGCUCCCUGACUGGAAAGACCGGACACCAGGCCGGAAUCAAGGCCGACGAGUCGACGAAGCCCGAUGCUUCCAUAUGGGACACGCCGAAGCUGAAAAAGGGCAUCUCGACGCCACCCGAGACCUACAAGCAAGCCGAUCGGCCCCGGCUGAUGGCGGCAGACAAGGCUCUGUCGAGCAUCGUGGCACCGCAUCAGAUGCCGUCACGGCCCAGCCUCGGCACGCAGAUCAGCCAUCUCAUGCUGGAUACCGAGCCGUCUGCCACCGACGGGCGGACCGCCGGCGAGAUUGGGUCCACGGGCCUCAACUCGGCCGCAAGCGCCACCUGGCUCCAAAAGGAGCAGCAGCAUCACCAGCAGCAGCAGCAGCCACCGCCACCAUCAAGGGUCCAACCAGAGGAUCCUACGACUCCGACGAGACCGGGGCCCACACCGGUCCAGCGUGGUCCUGGCGACGCCUCUCCGCCAGUCACCUGGCAGUCGGCACCGGAUGGACUAUCGGGCAUGGCAGAGGCCAUGGCGCGCCAAGCGUCGUCAACCGCGCCGGCGGAUGGGACGGUGUACACGGCCGAUGCAGGGCCCGAGCAUGGUACGGUUGCGGGACUGCGGCGGGCGGCGAGGAGGACGAGCAUCGAGCGCGGUGGCGAAGGUGGCAGCGAACGCAAGCCCACCGCCGAGCACCUACGCAAGGGCGGACACAGCGCGAGCUUUCCCGGCACGUCGCGCAGCUCGCCGCUGUCCUCGAACGGGCCCGACGGUCUGCCCGUCGUGCCUCAUCUCAGCUCGAUCGGCAGCGUGAGCUCGGUGACGGCCACCGCUUCCGGCAGCGGAUCCGCCCACAGCAUGGGCCCUCCCGUGGCGGACAACACGUCGCCUGUGAUCAGCGUGGCGCACUUUGCCGAGGGAAAGCCGACGGGCGAGACGCGCAUCGACCUGCGCGGCAACGUCAGCAGCCCGCCCAACAUGGUGCAGUCGCUGGCCAAGGAAGGCACCGAGUCGUCGUCGGGCCUGCGCCGGGAAAACUCGGUGGCCACCGCCUCGCGCGGCCGGCCGCAGCUGGGCUCCAAGACGACGAGCCAGCGCAUCAACGCCUACCUCGCCGCCGGCCGGCGGGCGGAGAAGUUCUACAACGACCACGGCUACCUGCCGUUCGUGCUGCCGCCCAACGAGUCGCACCGGCUGCAGGCGCUCUCGCGCUACGGUCCGCCCAAGAUCGCCGGCGACCCCAACUUUGAACGCAUCGCGCACCUGGUCAAGCUCGUCUUCAACUCGAAGCUGGUCCUCAUCACGCUGGUGGGCGAAAACGAACAGACGUUCCAGACGGAGAUGGGCGGCGGCGGCGAGGUGACGAUCGCGUCGCUGCAGAGCAUGGCGGGCUCGCGCAACUGCUCGUUUUGCUCGCACGCCAUCCUGCAGGACGGCGACGAGCCGAUGGUCAUCCUCGACGCCACCAGGGACUGGCGGUUCGCGGGCAACCCUCUGGUGCGGGGCAGCCCGGACAUCCGCUUCUACGCCGGCUGCCCGCUGCGGACGCCCGACGGCCACAACAUCGGCAGCCUGUGCCUGAUCGACGACCGCCCGCGCGCCGAGUUCGGGCCCCGCCAGCGCCACACGCUCAAGGAGUUUGCGCGCGUCGUGAUGCGCGAGAUGGAGCUGCUGCGCGAGAAGAUCAACCUCGGCAUGCGCGACCGCAUGCAGAAGUCGAUCGAGCUCUUCACCAAAGAGUGCCUCGAGAUGGACUCGGAGGACGGCGACGGCGACUCGGGUUCCGGCUCGGCAGGCACGCACCGGGUGUUCGAGCAGGCGGCCGACAGCAUCCGCAACGCGCUGCAGGCGUCUGGCGCCGUCAUCUUUGACCUCUCGCACUUUGAGCUCAUCGACACGUACGAGUCCGAGCUGAGCCCGGCGGCCGAAUUUGGCGGCGGCCAGGGCGGCGCGAGCACCGCCAGCAAGGUGUACUUUUCCAAUCCGGUGCGACCGUCGCUCGCGGCCUCGGAGCGCGGCGACAGCGACCGUGCGCCGGCCAAAAAGGGCCACCAGCGCAACCACUCGGCCGGCAUCGACGGCACCACGGGCUUCGAGACGUUUUCGCCGCUGGCGUCGCCGUCGGACGAGAGCGUGCGCGACAAGGUGGUGCCGCCGAUGAGCGUGCUGGGCGCCAGCGAGGCUGUCGCCCCCCCGGCGGAGCGGCUCGACUCGGUGCCGCUGGCGCACCACGUCAAGGUGGCCGAGUUCCUGCGGCUCAACAAGACGGGCCGCUUCUACCCAUUCGCGCCGCCGCCGUUCCGGUCGCUGCUGCCGUCGGGCGUGACGGACCUACUGCUGGUGCCCAUCUUUGGCCUCAACAAGCAGCCCUUUGCCCUGCUCUGCGCCUACUCGACCGCCUCGGAGAGCGGCCACUCGCUCGAGGAGAUCAAGGGGAUCGGGCUCCAGUACCUGCGCGCCAUUGGCAUGAUUGUGCUCAGCGCCGUGCUCAAGAAGGACAUCAUGCUCGCCGACAGGGCCAAGAGCCACUUUAUCUCCAACAUCUCGCACGAGCUGCGGACGCCGCUGCACGGCAUCCUGGCGGCCGCGGAGCUGCUGACCGAGACCGAGCUCAACGCCACGCAGGGCUCGUACCUCGAGACGGUCGAGGCGUGCGGCAAGAGCCUGCUCGAGCUCGUCAACCACGUGCUCGACUUCACCAAGCUCAGCGGCAACAGCCGGCAGGGCCAGAAGCACGUCUACACCAAGACCAAGUGCGACAUGGUCAAGUUGAUCCAGGAGGUGUGCGAGAGCAGCUGGAUCGGCCAGAUGGCCAAGCAGCUCGAAAGCGCCCAGUCGGGCAUCGGCAGCGUCUACGCGCCGCCCUCCGACGACUCGCGCGCGCUCGCCGCCCCGGGCACCGCCGCGUCCAACGUCCAGGCCCGCGCCAGGCACGCCAAAAACAGCCAGGUCGAGACCGUCAUCGACAUCUCGCUCCGACCCGACGGCUGGCUCGUCAACUGCGACACGGGCGGCAUCCGCCGCGUCCUCAUGAACCUGAUUGGCAACUCGCUCAAGUUCACCGCGUCCGGCUACGUCCACGUGUCGCUGCGCGAGGUGCAGAGCUCGGACACGCACGUCCUCAUCGAGCUCGGCGUCAUCGACACGGGCCGGGGCAUCUCGCGCGCCUUUCUCGAGGAGCAGCUCUUCCACCCCUUUACCCAGGAGAACCCGCACGGCACCGGCACGGGCCUCGGCCUGUCGAUCGUCAACAGCAUCGUCCAGUCGCCCGCGCUCAACGGCAAGAUCGACGUGUGGAGCACCGAGGGGCAGGGCACCGAGAUCCGCGUCACGUGCGAGCUCGAGCUGUGCGACGACGAGGACGCCGAGGGCCCCAUCUACAAGCCCGCGAUCAACGUCCGCAAGCGCCGCUCGGUGGCGCUGCUCGGCUUUGGCAACUCGCGCGGCGACGAGGAUCUGCGCGCCGCCAUCGAGGGCUACUUUUACAACUGGUGGGAGUUUACCGUCGUCGAGCAGGACGACCCGCGCGGCUUCAGGUACGGCGACGUCGUCCUCAUCAACGACGACCUGGCCGCCAUUGAGCGGAUCCGGCGCGAGCGGCGCGGCGACCUGCCGCCCGUCAUGUUCCUCACCGGCGGCCGCGGCGACGCCGAGAUCACGGCGGCGUGCGAGGCCUACCACGCUGCGGGCGGCGUGGCCCGGAUCCUGUUCAAGCCCGCCGGCCCCUCGAAGCUCGAGAGCGUCGUCGACUUUUGCCUCCAGUGCCUCGACCGCCAGCGCUCCGGCGACCCGCCCUCGUCCGAGGAGACCAAGCCCUCGACGCCGCUGCCGUCGCCGAGCCAGUCGCCCGCCGCCCGUGCCAACGUCGAGAACGGCGACACCUACUUCUUCCCCGCCAACUCGCGAUCCGACACGCGGCCGGCCCUGACCCAGGGCUUCCAGUCGUUUGAGUCUGGCGCCUCGGAGCUCACGCCCAAGGCCGAGACAUCGCCGUCGUCGGGCGCGGCGCAGGCGGAGGCGACGACACCGAGCGCAGCGGCAGCGACGACCCUCCUCGACGCCGACAGGCUCGCCGCGCCAGAGCCCUACCACAUGUCGCCGGGCCCACCGGGCCCGUCGACGUCGCUCAUCCGCCGGCACUCGACCGAGGACAAGGUGGUGCGCCAGAAGAUCGAGGGCACCGACACCUGCGCCGACACGGGCGCCGUCGGCUGCUCCAAGCCGUCGCGGCCGCUGCUGCCCGCCCGCAGCAUCACCUACCACGAGCCCCGGCUGCACAAGCACGUCCUCAUGUCGCCCAUGGGCGGGCCAUCGUCGUGUAAGCGCAGCGGCGGCGCAGACGGGCCCGACGGCAGUAGCGGCGGGCCGUCGUCCUACUUUGACCACUCGCCCGGCCCGUCGUCGCCCAACACGCCCGGCUCAACCAUCUCGCUCGAGGGCGGCGACGGCGCCGUGCUGCGCAGCGUCGUCUCGUCGUCGGCCCCGCGCAGCGUCAGCGGCGGCAGCUCCGGCAGCAGCGCCGGCCACGCCGCCCCCAAGCAGCGCCGCCUCCAGAUCCUCUCGGUCGAGGACAAUGCCAUCAACCGCAAGGUGAUUGCCGCAUUUCUCGCCAAGCUCGACGUCGACUACGUCGAGGCGUGCAACGGCGAGGAGGGCGUCAAGCAGUUUGAGAUGCACCCGCCGCAUCACUUUGAUGUCGUCCUCAUGGACCUCUCGAUGCCCGUGCUCGACGGUGAGUUUCCCGCGCGCGCCUCGCGCCCGACCGCCCGCAACCGCGUCAAGAUCUUUGCCCUCACCGGCCGCUCCACCGACGAGGACAAGCGCCGCGCCUUCCAGACCGGCGCCGACGGCUACAUUGUCAAGCCGCUGAGCUUCAAGGUCCUCUCAUCGCUCCUGCGGAUGCUGCCGCGGUGA